UUUCACCGCCAUCUCUGGUUAAAACUAACCAGAGUUUACGCCUUUCAGAGGCGUCCUCCACUUGUCUGUCUCCCUCUUCUUCUCUCUCCGUUUUGAGUGUCAGUUCUGGCUUUGUAGACUCCGCUUGCAUGUUGGGUCUUUGCUCUCUUGUCCAUACUCGCUUCUGGGCGGUGUUGUUCAGCCAUGGCGGUUAAGAAACUGUGCGAGUCCUACUCAAAGAGUUUCAGAGGGGAGGUACAGAGAUGGGGUUGUAUGAAGCAGACUGGUGUGAGUUUGAGGUACAUGAUGGAGUUUGGGUCCAGACCCACUGAGAAAAACCUGCUCAUCUCUGCUCAAUUUCUUCACAAAGAACUCCCCAUAAGAAUCGCCAGGAGAGCCAUUGAGCUCGAGAGCCUACCCUAUGGCUUAUCUGAAAAGCCUGCUGUUUUGGAGGUGAGGGACUGGUAUUUGGACUCUUUCCGUGACCUUCGGGCCUUUCCGGAGAUCAAGGAUAAAAAUGAUGAAUUGGAAUUCACGCAAAUGAUUAAGAUGAUUAAAGUGAGGCACAACAAUGUGGUUCCCACAAUGGCUUUGGGUGUUCAACAGUUGAAGAAAGGCAUGAAUGCGAAGAUUGUUUAUGAGGAUCUGGAUGAGAUUCAUCAAUUUUUAGAUCGUUUUUACAUGUCAAGGAUUGGGAUUCGCAUGCUUAUUGGGCAGCACGUAGAGCUGCAUAAUCCAAACCCAGCUCCUGAUUGUGUGGGUUAUAUACACACAAAAAUGUCUCCUGUGGAGGUAGCACGAAGUGCCAGUGAGGAUGCCCGCUCUAUUUGCUUACGAGAGUAUGGCAGUGCACCGGAUAUUAGUAUAUAUGGGGAUCCCAAUUUUACAUUCCCUUAUGUUCCAACACACUUGCAUCUCAUGGUAUUUGAGUUGGUUAAAAACUCCUUGCGUGCUGUCCAAGAGCGGUCUAUGGACUCUGACAAAGUUGCACUUCCUGUUCGAAUAAUAGUUGCUGAUGGAAUAGAGGAUGUUACUAUUAAGGUCUCAGACGAAGGGGGUGGAAUUCCAAGAAGCGGCCUCUCCAAAAUCUUUACAUAUCUUUAUAGUACUGCAAAGAACCCUCUGGAUGAGCAGUCAGAUAUUGGGUCAUCUGGUGGGUUAACAAUGGCUGGAUAUGGAUAUGGGCUUCCAAUCAGUCGCUUAUAUGCGCGAUAUUUUGGCGGGGAUCUGCAAAUUAUCUCCAUGGAGGGAUAUGGGACUGACGCAUAUCUGCAUCUGUCUCGAUUGGGGGAUUCACAAGAACCCCUCCCAUGAACUAGGUUGUAGCAUCAAGCUUAACAUGCUGAAGUUCAUUCAAGAAGGGAUUUGACAUGGGAAAGUUCUACAGAUUCAUUGUCAAAGAAACACAUUGCUCCCCCCCAAAUUUCUCAUAUAUUCCAUGGAAUUGUUGUUCAUGUAUAUUCUUCAGCUGGUAUAAGAAUCUAAGAUGAUAAUUAAAGGUUGCAGGUUUUUACUUGGAACCGUUUAAUGUUCUGUUUUCCAUCUUCA